GGCCGAGGGGAGUCCCGAGCUCGACCCGCUGCUGGCCUCUGCCUCGACCUGAGCGCCUGUGCGAGCGCUUCUGUGACCCAGGGAACCCGCAGGCACUUGCCGCUCUUGGCGCCCAGAGGGCGGAGCUGACACGGGUGCAAUUCAGGAGGCUAGGUAGGGCAGGGCGCUUUCGCCCCGUGGCGAGCCGGAGAGACGCCGGCCCUGGGACUGUAGCGCGAUCCUCGUCCCGCAGGCUCUUCCCGGCCUCCCGAUCCUGCCCGCACCCUCCGCCCGAGACUCACCUCCUCACGUCGGCUCCCCGCCCCUCUCGGGAGCCUCGUCUUACCUCCACUCCUCCCAGCCCCUCCGGGCACCUCUCCCCCUCCCCGUACCUUCCCCCCACCUCGAGGCCGGGCUGGACCGGACCCGGAGCCGCCACCGCCCGCUUCUGCCAUUCAAUGGAGGACGGUCUGCUGGAGAUCAUGACGAAGGACGGCGGCGACAUGCCGGCACCUCUGGAGGUGUCCACGGUGCCGGCCGUGGGGGACGUGAUCUCCGGGGAGUACAACGGCGGCAUGAAGGAGCUGAUGGAGCACCUCAAGGCCCAGCUGCAGGCCCUGUUUGAGGACGUGAGGGCCAUGCGUGGGGCCCUGGACGAGCAGGCCUCGCACAUCCAGGUGCUCUCGGACGACGUGUGCGCCAACCAGCGGGCCAUCGUCUCCAUGUGCCGGAUUAUGACCACCGCGCCCCGCCAGGGUGUCCUGGGCGUGGUCGGCGGCAAGGGGAGCUUCCCGGGCGCCCCCCAAGAGCCGGAGACCCCUUCGCUUGGGAUCGGGGACAGCGGUUUGCUGGGUCGCGAUCCUGAGGACGAGGAGGACGACGAUUCAGAAGAGAAGGAGAUGCCCAGCUCCGCCACACCCACUAGUCACUGUGAGCGCCCCGAGAGCCCCUGUGCUGGCCUCCUUGUGGGGGACGGGCCACUUGUGGAGCCCCUCGAUCUGCCCGACAUUACCCUGCUGCAGCUGGAGGGAGAGGCCUCUCUGUGAGGGGACUCUGAGGGGGCACUACUUUCCCGGGCUGGCUUUGGGUUUCCGAGCGCAUGACGCGAGAGGACUGAACCGCGCGGUGCAGCAUGCUUCACUCCGACCGCUAUUCUUGCGGGUCAGGCGGAAGAGACUCCCUCGAGGAAGCAUUUAUAGGGUGAAGGACUUUGGGAGCAUCAAGAAUUCUUUCUGCCUGACCAAGCGAGACGUAGCAAACUGCGGAAAGGUGAGGUUGCGGGAGAGGAAGCGCCCAUCUCUGGACCCCCAUCCAAUCCCCUACCCUGCCCUUUCCCCCUCUCCAGCCAACAGGAGAACCCCUGAAUUGUGUAAAUAAAAUUCUGCUUUUUCUAUUCUGAAAAAGGACUUAUCUAGGACUCUGGCAAGUAAUCUCUAACAAUUUACCUAGAAAUUAAGGAGUUGGGGGUAUUCUGUUCUGGCUAACAGAAAAUUUACCCUUCUGAUGAAAUCCAAGUUAUUCAGCGUUCUGCAGA